AGCAUCGUGGAGCACUCUGGGAAUCGUAGUCCAGUGUUUCUGCCCUGCGCAGUGUACUAGCAGCAGCGGAGCGGGGGCGUGGUUCUUUCCGCGCGACCGGAAGUGAAUGUUGAAGCCGGCUGUAGACGUGAAGAGGUUGGCGCUGGGGAAGUGCAGCUGCUGUGGCGGUCUUCGCUGGAUCUGGUGAUUGUCCCAGCGCUUCCGGACCUGGGAUCGGGGUGUACAGAUCGCUGUAGAGGGAGGGAAACCCAGGGCAGCCACACUCAGCCAGUUCAAAACUUGAUGGACAUCUGAGCGCCAGAUCGGGAAUCCAGGUGGAGGGACGCUGAUUGGGAAACCUUGGUGUCCAGGUUCCAGAGGAAAGGAAUGAGCUCCUGAGAUGGAAGAUCUCUCCUCUUCAGAAUCUGCCCUUCUUCAAGAGGGGCAUAUUCUACUCCCAUCAGCCAGUUUUCAGGAAUCAGUGACCUUCAAGGAUGUGAUAGUGGACUUCACCCAGGAAGAAUGGAAACAGCUGGAUCCUGUGCAGAGAGAUUUGUUCAGGGAUGUAACAUUGGAAAAUUAUACACACCUGGUCUCUAUAGGACUCCAAGUUUCCAAACCUGAUAUGAUUUCCCAGUUAGAACAAGGAACAGAGCCAUGGACUGUGGAACCUGGCACUCCAGCAGGUACUGGAGACUGGGAAAUGAUACCGGAAAAUAGCAUAGUAGCCCCAGAGCUGGACAUUUCUGAAGAACAAUCAUCUAAAGAGGCAAGAGUGGAAAAACACAAAAGGGAUGAACAUUGCAGUUCCAACUUCUUAGAGAGUUGUGUAUCUGAAGGCAGUGUAGAGAGGCAGCAGACAAACCAACAGACACUGCCAAGAGUAGUAAAAUUAACUGAAAAGACAGUGCCCACAUGGGAGAGAGGCCCUAUAAAUAAUGACCUUGAAGAAAGCAUCAAUAUGAGUUCAAACAUUGUAACACAACGGGAAACAUAUCCACAAGAGACCUCUACUAAAACAAGCAACAAACAGACUUUAAAGCCAGUUAAAAAAGAAAAAUCUUGUAAGUGCAACGAAUGUGGGAAAGCUUUUAGUUACUGUUCAGCUCUUAUUCGCCACCAGAGAACACAUACUGGAGAAAAACCGUACAAAUGUAAUGAAUGUGAAAAAGCCUUCAGUCGGAGUGAAAACCUUAUAAACCAUCAAAGAAUUCAUACUGGAGAUAAACCAUAUAAAUGUGAUCAGUGUGGAAAAGGCUUCAUUGAGGGUCCAUCUCUUACUCAACAUCAAAGAAUUCACACUGGAGAAAAACCCUAUAAAUGUGAUGAAUGUGGGAAAGCCUUUAGUCAAAGGACCCAUCUUGUUCAGCAUCAGAGAAUUCAUACUGGUGAGAAACCAUAUACCUGUAAUGAGUGUGGAAAAGCCUUUAGCCAGAGAGGCCACUUUAUGGAACAUCAGAAAAUUCAUACAGGAGAAAAACCUUUUAAAUGUGAUGAGUGUGAUAAAACCUUUACCAGGAGCACACACCUUACUCAACAUCAAAAAAUUCAUACUGGAGAGAAAACCUAUAAAUGUAAUGAAUGUGGGAAGGCCUUUAAUGGGCCCUCAACAUUUAUCCGUCAUCAUAUGAUUCAUACUGGUGAAAAACCAUAUGAAUGCAAUGAAUGUGGGAAAGCCUUCAGUCAGCACUCAAACCUCACUCAACAUCAGAAAACACAUACUGGGGAGAAACCUUAUGAUUGUGCUGAAUGUGGAAAGUCUUUUAGUUACUGGUCGUCCCUUGCUCAACAUCUGAAAAUUCAUACUGGAGAAAAGCCUUACAAGUGCAAUGAAUGUGGAAAGGCCUUCAGUUACUGUUCAUCCCUUACUCAACAUCGGAGGAUUCACACCAGAGAAAAGCCCUUUGAAUGCAAUGAAUGUGGAAAGGCUUUCAGUUACCUCUCAAACCUUAAUCAACAUCAAAAGACUCAUACCCAAGAGAAAGCUUAUGAAUGUAAGGAAUGUGGGAAAGCCUUUAUUCGGAGUUCAUCUCUUGCUAAACAUGAAAGAAUUCAUACUGGCGAGAAACCCUAUCAGUGUCAUGAAUGUGGAAAAACCUUCAGUUAUGGCUCAUCCCUUAUUCAACAUAGGAAAAUACAUACUGGAGAAAGACCUUACAAGUGUAAUGAAUGUGGGAGAGCAUUCAACCAGAACAUACACCUUACACAACAUAAGAGAAUUCACACAGGAGCAAAGCCUUAUGAGUGUAAUGAGUGUGGCAAAGCCUUUCGACAUUGUUCAUCUCUUGCUCAACAUCAAAAAACUCACACAGAAGAAAAACCCUUUCAGUGUAAUAAAUGUGAAAAAGCUUUCAGCCAGAGCUCCCAUCUUACUCAGCAUCAACGAAUUCACACUGGAGAGAAGCCCUAUAAGUGCAAUGAAUGUGACAAAGCCUUUAGCCGGAGCACUCAUCUGACUGAACAUCAGAAUACUCAUACUGGAGAGAAACCUUAUAACUGUAAUGAAUGUAGGAAGACUUUCAGCCAGAGCACUUACCUCAUCCAGCAUCAGAGAAUUCAUUCAGGAGAGAAACCUUUUGGAUGUAGUGAUUGUGGAAAGGUCUUCAGAUACCGUUCUGCUCUCAAAAAACAUCAGAGACUUCACUCUGGCAUAUGACAGCCCUAGAAACAUUGUAGGGUAUGCAUUUACUAUAGUUUGAUCUUUUAAGUACUGAAGAAUUAGAAUGGAUUGAGAAACUGAUUAAAAUAUUUUAAUUUUUCAUUAUCACACUAUGGAAUGAAAGUACAUUGAACUGAAGUAAUACAGUUAUGGGUGACAUUGGAAAAUUCAACUGUUUUAAGGUUCAAUUGCCUCUGAAAUGAGGGAUUUGGAAUAGAUGAUUUCAAAGGUUGUUUGGUUUUAUAUUCAGUUUUGUAUAUUCACAGUAUAUUCUUGAAUAGGAUUACUCUAUAUCAGCAUUUUGCUAUGUUAUACCUAGAAUGUAUAUAUUUAUGCAUGUUUGGACAGUAGAAAGCAUUUGUGCUUCAGUAACUAGACCAGUGAUCUAUAAUGCUCCUGUUCUAAUGCUUUUCAGUUGUUUGACUAGUUCCUAAUAAAAAGAUUAUAAAAUAUCCUCAUAUUAAUAACUCUAGCAUAUUAUGGUUUAGCUCAAUGCAAGUAUUAUUUUUCUUUCUAUUAUUUUUCUCAUAGUAUGUUUUAAGAUUCUAGGAGUUUAUCACAAUUAUAGAGCUUUUCUGCAGCUUAAACCAGUGUUAUUUAACCUUUGCUGCAUAGUGGAAUCAGUUUGGGAACUUCAUAAUUUAUUACCAAAGCCCUACUCCAAGAGAUUAAAAUAAUUGGCCAGCUGUGUAGGACCCAGGCUUCAGGGUUGGUUUGUUUUUAACUCUUAAUGUGCAUCUUGGACAGAACAGCCAGAUUAGAUUUCAGUAUCCAUUCCUUUAGUUAGUUUCUUGUGGCUCCUCCUAGAAGCAUCACAGAUUAGUUGCUCAGUAUAAUGUAAUUUUGACUGUCAUCUUUGUAGAUUGGGUUUUCACAAGCUUUUGGAGGUAAAGUCAGUGUUUUUCAUCAAAGUGCAGAAAUUAAUUGUGUAAAAAUGAAUCAUUUUACUUGCUUUCCCUUGCCCCCUCCCCUGCCCUGAUAUCAGAAGCAGAGGACACUAAGAGUGACACUCCCGGAAAUGUGCAGCCCACAGCCUGCAAGAACAUUUGUGGCAAUUCUAGUCAGGAUAAUGUUUGGCCAUGAAGAAAUGGUUCCCUUACAUAUUUUCCAGGUACAGUCUAAUAAUCAGGUCAGCUCUUUUAACAGCAACUGAUAGUUUUCCAGCCUAGCCUUGACAGUGGAGAGCUCUGAGAACAGGGGGUAGCAUAGAAACUGAUCAUUAUUUAAAUAUAAGGAGAACUAGACUCUUCCCACAAAUGAGGUUUGGGGGAGUGAGCACUGCAUAUUUUUACAAGUGAAAAAAUCAGUGCAGUCUUUUUUGCUUAUAUAAAUGCUAGUGACCUGCACUGGAAUUUUGUCACCUCUUUAACUGAAAGUGCCAUACAGUGAAAAACAAUUCAGGAAAUAAUGUAGCCAAUUAAAUCUCAGAAUCUUUUCUGUUGUAAUCUGAAACAUCUGUAAAGGAAUGUCAUCUUGAUAUUAAGAAAUUAAAAAGUAUUCCAUUAUGUAGGAAUUACCUGUUGCAAAGAGGUAGAAACUGGCAAAAUGAAAUGGAUCUCAGGUUAUAAGGCAAGCUUUGGUUGGAUCUGAGCUACUCCUACAGUACAAGGAAAUGAAGUUUCUAUAUCCCGAUGAAGGGUCAUUUUGUUUCACUGAAGAUCCCAAAAUGUAAAACAGUCUGUCUGGAAGACUCCUUUCCUUGUGCCACUCUGAUUCCUAUGUGAAGCAAGAGAAUUGAUGUGCAAAUCUAUAAUUAACCCUGAAAGAUCCCACUGUGUCCCAUUAAUUUGAUCUCUUCACAGAUACUGUCAGAUCAAACCCCGAGUAACAAGAAUAUGUGAUCACUGCUUAAUUCCUCUUUUAUGCCUGCUUGUGCUCCAUCUUCCUCAUCUUUGGAAAUGUGCUAACCACUCCUAGAUAAUACAGGCCUAGUGAAGGGAUAUGCUGUGAGGCUCCAGUAAUUAACAUGAUCUUGGUUUCUGUGUCUCCUUUUUGAAUACCUCAAAAACAUCUUUAUAGCUAUCCCAGAAGACAUUUGUUUCCCCAAGUGGGUGUGUUUGCAAUUGCUGCUCUUAAUUAUGUUAAUCUAACUAAACUAAACUAAACUAAACUAAACUGGUGAACUAAAGUUUUGUCCCUUAUUACCUGACAUGUCCUUUAACCAUGCAGUUGCCUUUUUCUCUGCUUCUCACCCCUACCUUAAGACCAGAGGGGAAGUUGAGUGGUUUCUUAGUCUUUUAAAAUUAAUUAUGUCAUUUAUAUGCUGUAAGUUCCUAGCAUGACAUACCUGAAACAUCAUCACAGUAUCAUACUGAAAGUGGAGUAAAAUUAAAAUCUAAAGGGGAAAAUUGAAAGUUAGAAGUUAGAGUUUUUCCUUAAAGUAGCAGAAGGAUUCACUUUAGAGGUCUAACAUCCAUUGACCAAACUUCAGAAAUAGAAUCUCAGAAUUAAUAAAGCCAGACAGUACUUUAUGAGACAAAGAAUUCUCUGCUAUUUACAAAAAAUUCUAAACCUUCAUAUAUAGUUUCUUUGGGUCAGUGUCCAAGAUUGAGCAUGCAGAGACCAAGCAUUUUGCUCCAGGUCCUAGAUUGACAAUUUCCUUAUCUGUCACCAGAUCAUAGAAAAUUGGGCCAUCUGACUAGUUUUUGUCAAAUAACUGGGUGAGGGAAGAGGGAAAGGGAGAGAGAUCACAUAACCUAGUCAUUCAUUCUUAAACAUUUAGGUAGUCAUUAAAAAUCAUUCAGCACAGCCAAUGCUUAAGAGAUACCUGAUCUUAUAGAGGUUGGAGUUGAGAAGUGGACAAAACCAAAUCUGCAUUUGCAGAGCUCACAUCCUAUUUUAAAUGUGUGAAAUGUCAAAAGUGUUAUAAAUGUUAUAAAUAACACUAAAGCAGCAUGAAGGGCUUGUGAGGAAUCCUCAAAUGUUGGCUGGGAACUGCCUUUCUAAUGAAAUUUCAUUGCAGUAUAGACUGGAGGAAAUGAAGAAAUGAACCAAGUAGAUAUCUGGGAGAAAAACGUUACAGACAGAGGAACUAGUAGCAACAAAGGUCCUGAGAUAGGAGCAUCUUUGUCAGUUUUAGGAACAUUGUCAGUUUUAGGAACAUCUUAGUCAGUUUUAGAGCAUCUUUGUUCGUUUUAGAGCACAGUGAAUAAGUGGUAGAUGAAGUCAGAGAGACAGCUGGGAAACCGUUCAUGCAGGGCUUCUUUGUCAUGAAAAAGAUUGGGCAUUUUAUUCAGAAUGAGAUGGUAGGCCACUGGAGAAUGUUGAGCUGAGGACUGACAUGAUUUUAAUUAUGUUUUAAAAGGGUCACUUGCUUGCUGCAGUGUAGGGAAGAGACUGUAGGGGUCACAAGUUCAUCAGAGGUCUAGUUGGAAUGCUAGUCCAGGUAAGAGCAAAUGUGGUUUAGAGAAAGGUAUUAAUGAUAAGUUGUAGGAAGUAGUUAGAUUGGAAAUGUAUUUUGAAAAUAUAGACAAUUUGCUGAUUGUUUAUAGACAUGGAAGUAUGAGAGAAAGAAACUAGAAUGGUUCUAAUGGCUUUGGCCUGAGCACCUUUAAGAAAGGAGAGGCUGUGUACCACAAUGGAGAAUAUCAAGGAAGAAGCAAGUUGACAGAAGGCAUGAGGAAUCAGAAUUCAGUUUUGGAACUUUAAACACAGACAACACAAAAUGUAAGCGUACAAACUGAACACAUCUGUAAAUAAUCACCCAGGUCAGGAAAUAGAGCAUUACUACAUCCCAGUAACCUCCUUCCAAUCACAACCUUUUUCUUCCCCAAAGGUAACCGCUAUCCUCAGUUCUAAUGCCAUUUAUAUUAGUUUUGCCUGUUCUUGAUUUUUGUUAGAGGUGAAAUGAAAGGAGAUAAGGCAUAGGAUAGUUAGCUCCUACGAGUGGGAAAGUGAAUUGACUAAGGAAAUAUAGGACUGGAGGGAAGCCCUGAUAGUUCUCUGAGGUAUUCAACCAUGAGUUUUAAAUCAUCAUCUUUGAGUUUUCUUUGGCUAUGCUCAGUUGCAUGGGGGCAGGGAUGGAAGGAGCUGAAUAUUGGUUUUAACUAGGAUUUCUCAAAGAGAGGACAGUUGGUCCAAGAGAGAGAUAGGAGAGCAAGGGUCAUUGAGAGAGGGUUUGUAAUAAAGACCUAUAGAAUUUAAACUGGGAGGAAAUGAAAAGUAAAGGCUAAAUUGGGGGUAUAAUUAAAAAUUGCAAGACAGUACAAGAGGGAAGAAAUUGAAAGAUAGAUGAUAGGAAAUGGGAUGCUUGAAUUGGGUUUUGAAGAGCAUACUUACUGGUAAUGAUACAAGGUCUAGAGUGUUAACUGUGGGCAUAAAUGUCUGAGGGGGUAAAUGGGACCAGAUCAUUGGAGGAGAGGAGGCCAAAGACUUGAGAGCCUGGGGUGUUGGAUGGAUUGACUAUAUACAUAUUAAAAUCACCAAGUAUAAUGGUCUGAGCAGCCAUGGGAAGAUAAGGCAAGUGUUAUAAUCUCCAGUGAAUGAGGGAGUGACUUGGGAUCAGUAAAUGAUUUCAACCAGAAGAGGUAGUGGUGCCAGAUGUCUUGGAGCUGAAGGGUUCUAGGGAGAAGGCAGAAACCAUGGCCUGUAAGUGGCAAUGAAGAGCAAGAGGAACAUUUACCUCACUUCCAGGCUCAGUUAAGUCUGCUUAUGUAAGAGAUACAAGGGAAGAAGAGCAUUAACGUGAAGGAAUAUUCUGGAAGAGACUCCAGAAUUAUUUGAAGAAUUGUUUUCAGAGUCUGAUGCAUUUUCUUGUGAAUUCUCUGAUUGUGACAAGUGCAAAUGAGAAAGUGGAUUUGGGAAUUUGGGAACAUUUUGAAUCAAUAAUAAAUAGUAAUUACA